UUUCUUUUGUUUUGGAUGCUCUCUCUCUCUCUCUCUCUCUCUUCUUCUCCAAUAAAUUUUCAUUUCAAAAACCCCUUACAAAUGCACCCCAACCUGGCAACCUCUUCCAAUCCAAAUUCUCUCCCUCUUUGAAAAAUAAGGAAAAAAAAACCUAAUUUUAAUCAAAACUUGAAGUCCCAUUCAAUCAAAUGCCCUACCUUUCUGCCCACAUUUCUUCCUUGGUUCCUCUUCUUCUCCCUCACCAAGCUUGUACUUCCCUCAUUUUCUGAUUCGCCGACACUUCCCCACUAUUGGGAUUGCACAGUUCCCUCUAGGGUUCCUAUAUCCCAUAUCUUUGUUUCUCCAAUCUCCCAAUCAUCGCCUACGUUUUCGUCCGCUGGGUUUUCUAGGGUUUCGUCCCUGUUCAUCAGAUUGGGGAUUUAAUUUAAUGUUUAAUUGUAUUUCUAAUUGUCGCUUAGGUUUUUAACUACUGGGUAGGAUUCUAUUUUGUGAUAUUUGUUUCCUGAAAUACGCAAAAGUUGGUUAGUAUUUUUGCAGCAAAUGAAAAUUUGAACUUUAAAAGGAAAAACAGAAAAAAUCCUAUUUGGGUUAUUAGUGGUUUUGGAGCUGAAGGUUUCCUUUUGGUUUUUUUUGGAAGAAAGGGUCUACCUAGAGCAAAAAAUUGAUUUCUGUGUUUUUGUAUUUUAGUUGCCAUUGUUAUUUGGGAUUGGGGAAAGAUUCAGCUUUGCUGUAUUGCUUUUGGGACUUUUGGGGUAAAAGGAAGAGUUAUUGUUUGGUGUAGAAGUGAAGGGAAAGCUUAAGCUUGCAUGGGCGAACAUGAGGGGUGGGCACAGCCACCAAGUGGGCUUUUGCCGAAUGGCCUAUUGCCCAAUGAAGCUGCCUCGGUAAUGCGAGUGCUCGACUCAGAGCGAUGGUUGAAGGCGGAGGAGAGAACUGCAGAGCUAAUUGCCUGCAUUCAGCCCAAUCCACCCUCCGAGGAGCGCAGAAAUGCCGUCGCCGAUUAUGUUCAGCGGCUCAUAAUGAAGUGCUUCCCCUGCCAGGUGUUCACUUUUGGAUCAGUACCCCUGAAGACAUAUUUGCCUGAUGGAGAUAUUGACCUGACAGCCUUCAGUAAGACUCAAAAUUUGAAGGACACAUGGGCCCAUCAGGUUCGUGAUAUGCUGGAGAACGAGGAAAAGAACGAGAAUGCUGAAUUCCGCGUGAAAGAGGUUCAGUACAUUCAGGCAGAAGUGAAGAUAAUCAAGUGCCUUGUGGAAAACAUUGUAGUAGACAUAUCAUUCAAUCAGCUGGGGGGCUUGUGCACCCUUUGUUUCCUUGAGGAGGUUGAUCAUUUGAUAAAUCAAAAUCAUUUGUUCAAGCGUAGUAUCAUACUGAUAAAGGCCUGGUGUUAUUAUGAGAGCCGAAUACUGGGUGCUCACCAUGGACUUAUCUCAACUUACGCACUGGAAACUUUGGUUUUAUACAUAUUUCACGUUUUCAACAACUCCUUUGCUGGACCACUUGAGGUCCUGUAUCGUUUUUUAGAGUUUUUUAGUAAAUUUGACUGGGACAAUUUUUGUGUUAGCCUAUGGGGUCCUGUACCAAUUAGUGCACUUCCAGAUGUAACUGCCGAACCUCCGCGAAAAGAUGGGGGAGAGUUAUUACUGAGCAAAUUAUUUCUUGAUGCCUGUAGCUCAGUGUAUGCUGUUUUCCCUGGCGGUCAAGAAAAUCAGGGCCAGCCUUUUGUUUCCAAACAUUUUAAUGUUAUUGAUCCUUUGCGAAUCAAUAACAACCUGGGACGUAGUGUUAGUAAAGGUAACUUCUUCAGAAUACGCAGUGCAUUUGCAUUUGGGGCUAAAAGGCUGGCCAGGUUGCUUGAUUGUGCCAAAGAGGAUCUAUAUUUUGAAGUAAAUCAGUUUUUCCUGAACACUUGGGAUAGACAUGGGAGUGGCCAUCGACCUGAUGCACCACGAAACGAUUUGAGGCGCAUGAGACUUUCAAAUCCAGACCACUUACAUGGAUCUGAGAAUCUCAGGAACAUUUCACGCGACCAAAAAAACGAAAGUUCCUCUGGUCGUGGUACUCAUGGUGACGGGACGCAUGGCUCACUUAGUGUUCCCUCCCAGCAUGGUAGUUAUCCUUUAGAAAGCACAUCCGGGAAAAGUGAUGUGCCUACUGGAACUCAUGCUCAAAGCCAAAAGAAUCAUGGGAACACAAACACUGCUAGGGCGUCUGAUCAGAUUAGAAAGGAAACCAAUUCCAAUCUGGGUGCAAAGGUUGAUAAAGGUCAGAGAAGUGCUAGACCUGAUAACUUGGUGAAUGACCUCCAUGGGAGGUUUCUUUUUGCAAGGACACGUUCUAGUCCUGAGCUUACUGAUUCGUAUGGUGAAGUUUCCUCUCAAGGUAGACGCAACAGAGCCCCCGAGAGUGGGAAAACCCAAACUUAUUCGACAAGGUUGGAUAAUAGCAGGAGGAAAAACCUGGACUCUGGCAGUAUGGCAAGUCACAGAGUUAGAUCUUCAACUGAUGAUCCUUUGUCUGCUAGACACAUCUCAUCCCGUCAAAGCCUUGAUGCUACUGUUGAUUCAAAUAGCUAUCAUGACGAAUCGGGAUUGAAUGCCAUUGCUGAUGAUUAUUCUUCUAUUUCGGGGACACAAGGGAUGCACCAGGAGGAGCAAGAUCUUGUUAACAUGAUGGCAUCUUCUACAGCUCAUGGUUUUAAUGGGCCAGUCCAUCUUCCACUGAAUAUGGCUUCGAGUCACCUACCACUUCCAAUCCCACCAUCCAUCCUUGCUUCUAUGGGAUAUGCUCAGAGAAAUAUGGGUGGAAUGGUGCCCACAAAUUUUCCCAUGAUUGAGACUCCUUGGGGAACAAAUAUGCAAUUUCCCCAAGGUGUUGUCCCAUCGCCGUUAGCCCCUUAUUUCCCUGGCUUGGGGUUGUCCUCGAAUCCUGAAGAUUCAGUGGAACCUAGUAAUGAAAAUUUUGGAUCUGUGGAAAUGAACUCAGGUGAAACUGAUCAUGAUUUCAAUUGCUUCAGGAAGAUGAUAAGCAACAGCACCUCAGGAAGUUCUAUGCGAGUUCAACAAAAGCCUAAAGAAAACCGAGAUGCAUUGAGGGAAGAUCCUGUGGAUAAUUUUCAGUAUCAAGAUAACAAAGGAAAUGAGGUAUACUUUGAUGACCGAACUGUGAGUUCUAGGUCUGCAACUUAUACAAGUUCAGUGAGAAGUAAGACCUCCUCUGAGAGUUCUUGGGAAGGAUCAUCAGCAAAGGUCUCAAAGUCAACAAGGGAAAAACGGGGUAGGAGAACUGCUCUUUCAGCAGCACCGUCUGCUGCAUUUGGGAAAGGCAAGAGCGUGUCUGAACAUUCAUCUACCCAGGCAGAUGAUGACAACAGAGAUUGGAAUCAACCUACGACUUUAGGUGCCGAAAUGGUAGAAAGAAGCACAGGACCUCAACCCGCUGCUUCUUUGCAUGUUCCAAGGCAUCAAAUGCCUGGUUUUGAACCAUCUCAGACAAGUGGAUCAGAUUCGUUGAUACCAUUUGCUCCAGUGCUCUUAGGUCCUGGUUCACGACAGAGAGCUUCAAAUGAUUCUGGGAUGCUUUUUUAUCCUACGGGGCCUCCAGUUCCAUUUGUUACAAUGCUUCCUUAUAAUUACUUCUCAACAGAGACAGGAACUUCAGAUGUAUCAGCUAACCAAUUUAGUAGAGAAGAGGGACCGGAUAAUAGUGAUUCUGGUCAGAAUUUUGAUUCAUCUGAGGGAGCUGAUCAGCCUGAGGUAUUAAGUACUUCUAACUCUAUUGGAAGGGCCGCUCCUAUUGAGGCAUCAGAGCAUAAGUCCGACAUUCUACACAGCGAUUUUGCAAGUCAUUGGCAGAAUUUGCAAUAUGGACGUAUUUGCCAAAAUUCUCGGCAUCCUUCACCUGUGGUUUAUCCAUCACCAGUUAUGGUGCCCCCUGUCUACUUACAAGGACGAUUUCCUUGGGAUGGCCCUGGGAGACCUCUUUCAGCCAACAUGAAUCUUUUCAAUCAGCUUGUGGGUUAUGGGCCUCGACUGGUUCCUGUUCCUCUCCAGUCUGUUUCUAACAGGCCUGCCAGUGUUUAUCAACGUUAUGUCGAAGAGAUUCCAAGAUAUCGUAGUGGGACUGGGACCUACCUGCCAAAUCCUAAGGUUACUGUACGGGAUCGGCAUCCUUCAAGCACAAGAAGGGGGAAUUACAAUUAUGAAAGAAAUGACCACCAUGGUGAUAGAGAAGGAAACUGGAAUACUAAUUCAAAGUCACGAGCUUCUGGCCGCAACCACAGUCGCAGCCAAGGUGAGAAGCCAAAUUCAAGAGCAGACCGUUUGGCAGCUAGUGACAGCCGAGCUGAAAGGCCAUGGAGCUCACAUAGGCAGGACUCGUUCCCUUCAUAUCAAUCUCAAAAUGGUCCUAUCCGCUCAAACACUACACAGAGUGGUUCCACAAAUGUUGCUUAUGGCAUGUAUCCGCUACCAGCCAUGAACCCCAGUGGGGUGUCAUCAAAUGGACCUUCCAUUCCAUCAGUUGUCAUGUUGUAUCCUUAUGACCAUAAUACUGGCUAUGGGUCACCUGCAGAACAACUUGAGUUUGGUUCUCUUGGACCAGUGGGCUUCUCAGGAUUGAACGAGGUUUCACAGCUAAAUGAGGGGAACAGGAUGAGUGGGGUAUUUGAGGAACAAAGGUUUCAUGGUGGCUCUGCUCAACGUUCUUCGCCUGAUCAGCCUUCUUCACCCCACCUCCAAAGAUCAGUGGCCCAGAGGAAUUAUCAGAUGAAAGAUGAGGAUUUUCCACCUCUAGCUUUAACAGAUCAGGAAGGGAAUGAUGAUGGAAGAAACUACAAUGAGAAUCCCUCCCAUUACCAAAGCGUUCUUGUUCUCACCCCAAUCUUAAAAAGGAAGGAAUUUGACUAUCUCAUUCCAUGAUUUCCUAAUAUCUUCCUAAUCACAUCGUAUCUGCUUGGAGCUUUUUGUGUACACUAGAAAGCAAUUUACUUGCUCCAUUUUCAAGAAUACAAGCUUUGGUGGUAAAUGAGGGUGAUGGUGAUGUGAUGAUGAAGGGGAAGGCAGGACUCGGCGUCUUAAAUUCCAGUUUAGGGUUAGGCACUUUGUAACUCUACUGAAGUAGAAACUCGCUUUAGGUUCAGAACUUAGGAUUUUACUGUGUUACAUAAUUGGUCCACCAGAAAUCUCUUUCACACAAUGUACUAGGGUUUUUGGAUCAGUAGCCGUGUAUCAGUUCUCUUUUAUGUACUCUUGUUUAAGAUUUUCAACAGAGUAGUAAUUACACCACCAUAGAUGAAAUUGGGUCAUGUUUGGUUUACUUGACAAUCUUUUAAUUUUCUUUAAACUUUUUUUUUUCUGAUACAGGAAAUUGGUCAUUUUGCCUUCAUUUAUUCUUCAAUAUUUCCCAAAUAGUAAAUUAUGUUUGGUAGUAAAUGUUGAGAAACAUGUGCACCAAGGUUCACAUAUCAUAUUCUUUGUAAGUGUUUGUAGGCCUCUGAGAUUGUAAGUUGGUCCUCUGUCUUCCUAUGUAAACACAACUUCAAAUAAACCUACACCUCCAUUGAAAAGGCUCUUUACCUUUCUUUAGGCAUUAA